AUGGAGUCACAAAUUCAUGGUGAUAGGGGCCCAGUAAAAAAUAAAAAGAAGUGGAAUGAUAUAGAAGACGAGAAACUUGUUGAAGCUAUGGUUGAUAUACUCAAUUCAGGUUCUCACUUUAAAUCUGACAAUGGUUUUAAGCCUGGAGCGAUUAGUCUGAUGUCAUGGAACAACACAAAUGGUUUUGGAUGGGAUUAUGAAAAUAAGAUGCUUGAAGCUCCUCGAUCUGUUUGGCAAGCAUAUGCUCAAGUACAUAAGAAUGCAGCAAAAUGGAGAGGCAAAAAGUUUCCUCAUUAUUGGGACUUGUGUCUUGUAUUUGGAAAGGUUCGUGCUAAUGGAAGAGAUGCUCAAACAGCGGCGGAUGUUAUAUUUGAGAUAAAUAACGAACAACAGGAGCCCGACGAUUACAUGCAAGGAACUGGAGAUGGGUUAGAGGAUAUAGAUGUUGAUGCUCCUAUGAAUAGUCCUACAUAUACUCAUUUUAAAGAAGAUUCGAGUAUACAACGAAAGAGAAAAAGAAGAAAUAGUUGGGAUCCUUUAAUGAACAGCUUGAAAGAUUCGGCAGAUAUAAUUGGUUCAAAGAUUGAUAAUGCAACAAGUACCUUCAAUGCGGUUUUUGGGAUCGAGAGAGAUAGAGAAGAACUACGUAAAAAACUUAAUUCUGAGAUGAAAAAAGUUGUUGGUUUAACUGUCCGUGAUUGUAACAAGUCAGUUCGUAUGCUUUGAAAGAAUGAUGAGUUGAUGGUAAUCUUCUUUACCGUUGAGGACGAAGACAAAUUUGAAUGGGUAAAGAACUUGCUUGAAGAUGAUGUUUGACGUUAUUUAUAUGGCUUUUUAUGAUAUUGUAGUUUUUUAAGUUAUGAAAAGUAUGAUAAUUUUAAUUUGUUAGGGUUGGUUAGACUUUGAUAUGGUUUUAUGAGAUAUAUUUUUUAAUUAUAAAUAAAAGUUCUUAUUUAUAUAAACCAUUUAGAAUAGAAACUAUAAUUUCCAG